AAGUUACAUAAAUGAGUGAACCAUUCCACCUCAGAAUUAUUUUGGCCGCCGGUUCGAGAUGAAACGAACGGGCCCUUAGCCUUCUCGCCUGCUUCUCAUCUCAAACGCAAACGGAAUGGCAGCCGGGUCUUCCAAUGGCGCCGCCCUAGUCGCCAUCGUCGACGACUUCUACUUCUCCGUCCUGGCUCACGGGCGAAACGACGACAGCGCCGCCGGGGAUGACGUGCUCUUCCCGAUAUCCGACGAGAAGUACGCCACGGAGCUCCAGCUGCAGGAGGUGAUCAUGUCCUCCGCCAUCGCGGCCACGGCGCGCUCCUCGGCCGCCCCACCUCGCAGUCGCAGCAGCACAGAUGCCAGUGCCUCUAGCAGCAACAACGCCGCCGCAGCCGCAGCCGCAGCCGCAGCAACGUCGGGUCACAGCCAAGGUAAGUGCGCCUACGCCUCGUCGUCCAGGCCGUCCGUCUCCGUUGCCGCGGCGGUCGUGUUUUGCAAGAUCUGCAUGGACGUGGUGCCGCCCUCGGACGUGCACCGCGCCAGCCGCGGCUGCGCGCACUCCUUCUGCGGCCGGUGCCUCGCGGGCUACUUGGGCGCCAAGAUCCAGGAGAGGAUCGCCGAAGUCAGGUGCCCCGAGGAGCGGUGCGGCGGCGUGCUGGACCCGGAGCUCUGCCAGGACAUCUUGCCCCGCGAUGUCUUCGAGCGUUGGGGUGCCGCGCUGUGCGAGUCCCUGCUGCUGGGGGGCAAGAGGGCCUACUGCCCCUUCAAGGAUUGCUCGGCGAUGAUGCUGGUGGACGACGGCAGCCACUUCACGGAGUCGGAGUGCCCGAGCUGCAGGCGGCUCUUCUGUGCGUCGUGCAACGUGGCGCCGUGGCACGCCGGCGUUACCUGCACCGAGUACAGGAACCUUGGGAAGCGGGACAGUGGCGUCGAGGACAGAAUGCUGCUUGAGAUGGCUAAGGGCAAGAAGUGGAAGCGGUGUCCUAAGUGCGAGUACUUCGUGGAGAAGCGUGAUGGCUGCCUGCACAUCACUUGCAGGUGUGGCUUUGAGUUUUGCUAUGGAUGUGGCAAGAAAUGGACGACUUCUCAUUCCCGUUGCACAACAGCCUGAGAUUCGAUGGAUGCCAUCUUGGACCCAAGCACAAGGCCAACAUCAUGGUGGUUUUAUAUAUCAAUUUUAAGUGUCAUUUUUAUUUCCUUUAGUUUCUAAGUAUUUUUAUUAAUAACUUGUCAAUCAUACCGCUUCAUAUAGUCCCUCCGUUCGUUUU